CGUGACGUGGCCACGUUGCAUUAUAAAAGUGCAGGCCGCGGCUACACCCUCUCUCUUUCCGCCGCUCCUCCAGCUUAGCUUUGUCGUCCUCUUGCAGCAGCUGUCAUGGGUUUCGGUGAUCUCAAAUCGAACGCUGGCCUUCAGGUCCUCAAUGAGUUCCUGGCCGAUAAAAGCUACAUCGAGGGGUCAGUGGACAAAGUAAAUGGCUCUUCUUAUUGUGGGGCUGGAGGGGUAGGUGUGGGCUGCAAGGUAUGUCCUGUGUGUUCUCUGGCCACAUGUAGUGUUAAACAAAUCUCUGUAUCUUUAUAUUCCCUCCUGUAUCUGCACGGGGACUUGGGGUCAUUUCCAUGAAUCUCCCUCCAGCUGUGCGGUGUCCGUCUAACAGUGCAAUGGCCAUUAUAACUAACUAUAGAUAUCAUUCUCCCAUAAUAACGUGCUGGAUGCCAGGCCCCCUCUAUAUAAACACCAUGACUUACAAUGUGCGCUUCUAAUGUCCUGCCAGUCAUGCCCAUCACUGCUUCCGCGUCUCGGCUGAAUGAGCAUGGGACACGUGGCUUGAGGCCUGUUGGAAAGGCUCUGUCUCUGGUAGAAUUCUUCAGAACAAGAAAAGCCUGUUUAACCUGACUAGAAUAUCGAAUAUUUCAGUUUGGAAGCUUUGUUCUAUGGGCCGUCAUAAACCCUACACAUGUUUGGACUUAUUCUUUCUUUGUAUGAUAAAUGCAAGCAGUGAGUUAGUUCCCAGUGGUUUUUAUGUCCGUCUUAUGUUAAAGUAUACUUUUAUUACACUGCUCUUAUUGACACGGUAUUACAUUCCCAACUCUAGGGAUUCAGUUCAACAUUAAAGCUUUGUGGCAUGAAUAGUGCUCCCACCAGUCAUAAAAUUGCUAGGCUCGAUUGGAUCUACUAGAGCUGAGAACAAUUUAAAAUGUGGAGCUAAGACUUACAAAUAUUCAAUGUCAGCUGUAAAGUUUGGAAGCCUUUGUUGCCUUUUUAAAAAUUGUAUGAGGCACAGCUAAAAUUGUAAGGGUCAAUGCAUAUUCACAUAUUGCAUGUUCUUAUAGGCCUUUGUUUGAAUGUACACUUUUUUUUUCACAUUAGGUAUGUACCCUCCCAGGCUGACGUUGCAGUAUUCGAGGCAUUGUCUGGUGCUCCCCCUGCUGACCUCUUCCAUGCCUUGAGAUGGUACAAUCAUAUCAAAUCAUAUGAGAAGCAAGCAUCCAGGUAAGAGAAGUAAAAUGUUAGACAUGUAGCGGUUAUGAAGCUUGCACUUGGCUCUUGAUCUAUUCACCAUCUAGGUGUCUGUCCCCAUCCACAUUGAGCUGGUAUCUCAGCAGCUGCCCACCACCAUGGUAAAAUCAGUCAAUCUUGAUGAUCCCAGCCAGUUGUUUCCUUAGAGAAGCAUUAAGGGGUUAUUUCGCUUCUAAAAAUAACCAUGCUGUAGCAAUCCUAUUCUCUCUGAGAAACACUGACUUAAAGUGUCUCUUCAGUGGAUGCUCUUCCAGACUGCCACUAUAAGUGCAUUUUUAAUCCUGCAGCAAAAAACUGCCAUUCUCAAAAAAAUUUUUACAUUGCAGUGACACCAGGCAAUUUCUUUGUUAUGAAGUGAUCUGGGUACCUCUGGCAUCUAUUUAAGUCAACAGACUUUACAGUCCUCUUAUUUAUGCCAAUCUGCUUUGGCAUCAGUAUUUUUAGCAUUAUAAAUUAAACCUUUCCUGUGUGACUGCUUCUUAGAAUAGUCAAAACUAUGGAACUGUAGCAUUGAGUGCAAUGUAACUGCAUAUUUAAAUGCAAAGCUUACCUGUCAAUUUUCUGACUAGCCUUCCUGGAGUGAAGAAACCACUGGGAAAAUAUGGCCCAGUGAACAUUGAAGACACAACAGACAGCACUGCUAAAGAAACUAAAGAGGACGAUGAUGAUGACAUUGACCUGUUUGGCUCAGAUGAUGAAGAGGUGAGCUUUUCUAGCAAUUGUUUAGAAUCUGAAUAUACUUUAAUAUGAACUUGGUAUAUUCUGCAAAACUGGUUUGGGAUGUUAAGCUCACUACAACCCCUCAGGCUCUGAAUCUGUACUCUAGCCCUACCUGACUCUAACCAUUCAGUUUUUUUUUUUUUUUUGCUAUAGUCAUUGGGAAAUCUGUGCCACCUGUGUAAAAUUUCUAGAUAUUCAGCAGUGGGAUAUUGUAAAACUGACUAAUCUCAUAGUUGCGCAGCACCAGACUAAGUCUUCUAGUAUGGAGGCUAGUCUAAACUGCAGUCUGUAGCUUUUUAUUUUAUAGCAAAAACUUCUUUAAGUUGUGUGGUUGACACACUAGUCUCGCAAGUACUUGAUAUCUCAUUGAAUAUUAUAAGAUAAAAGAACCAAGGGCAUUCUUGCCUUAUAAAUGUUAAGCUGGUGUCAAAGAAUCAGUUAAGGUUUCCACUUGAGAGUAAAUUUUGACUGGUCAUAUGAUGAUUGAACUAAAAUCACCAUCUUUCGGCUGAUUUGUGAUGUAAAUGUUCUUGUCUGACUGCACCAGUCUAUUUCUAAUCUGGUUGUAUAAGAAUUUCCAUUGCUUACACUAAAGCAUGUAAUAUUCUUGCAGGAAAGUGAAGAAGCAAAAAGAGUAAGAGAAGAGCGUCUUGCACAAUAUGAAUCAAAGAAGUCUAAAAGUAAGUACAUUGUCUUAAACAAUUUGGCAUCAAUGAAUGCUAGAUAAAUGUCUAGCUCCAUAGUAUGAGCAGUUGGUGUGCCACCUGUCUCCGGCUAGUUAAAAGCCUUGGUGUUCUGGCCUUUUAUUAAACAUCUCGCUAAAGCUGGACGUGCUUUAAGAAUUUUUCAAAAGCUUUUGUAUUGAUAGCUUUACAACUGUGUAACGAUCACUCAAGUGGUUCAUACAAACAUUUUCUUAGUGUGGAGUUUUAGUUGGCUUUAAUACCAUAGGAUUAGAUCAUACAAGAUUCAUUCUGUACUGAAACAACUUAAACCUUUAUCAAGAGUGCCCAAAAGGUAGAUCCCCAGAUGUUGGACUACAACUUCCAUGAUGCUUUGCCUGCCUUUAGAAUGGCAAAGCCUCAUGGAAGCUCUAGUCUUAAAACAUCAGGGGAUCUUUUUGGACACCCUUGCUUUAUGUCUUAGCCAUUAACCACAGAUACUGGUCUGGAAUUGUUUUUUCCUUGUAGCAGUUCCAGCAUUCCUCCUGUGGAAUACAACUUUGUUACACAGCUUUAUUUCCUAUCAGAUUGUCUGAUAGGGUUGUCUGUGUCUCAUACACAAGUAUAUAAACACCUGCAUGGGUGAUUUCAGUAAAGCCUGCACUUUAUUUAUUAACACAGCCUGCAUAAGUAGUAUUUAAUAUAUAGUACUUAAGCACCAUAUUACAGUUGCACAAUAACAUUUUAAAGUGUAUCUUUUUAAUCUAGGCACCUGUCUGCAUUUGACUUGCUCAAGAUGUCUGUGCAAAAUCUGUAUGGGAUAACAUUCCUUACCCUAAUGUAAAAAGGAUAUCUACUGUAGCUAAAGGUGCUAUGCCUUUAAUAGUAUUGGCUGCAACAUUUUACUAUUGUUUCCUGACAAAGAAUUGUGUGAAAUAGCAAGUUGGUCUAGCUAACUGUAUGUUAAGGUGUAAAGUCCUAAAAGGCAAAACUUUGUAGUCUGUAGAGAAAUCAGUGUUGCUGUGUAAAUGGGUUCACAGUUCAUUAAAUAAAGCGAUCUUAACCUUAUUUCUAGAACCAACACUUAUUGCCAAAUCAUCCCUUCUACUUGAUGUGAAACCAUGGGAUGACGAAACAGACAUGGCAAAACUAGAAGAGUGUGUCCGCAGUAUUCAGAUGGACGGCUUGGUGUGGGGAGCAUGUAAGUUAAUGAAUUCAUGUAUCUACUUUAUUUUAAGACUGUUUAGCUGGUCCAUGAAGGGCUGCACUCAUAGGUCUCUGCUCUCCUGUGGUUCUAGUGAUGAUUGAAUAACACCAUCUUUCGACUGAUUACUGAUGGAUCUUUUUCUAUUCUGACUACCACUGAAGUGAGCAUUGAACUACUAGAUUGGUCGAAUAUUGAAGUCCAUUAGAAUACUCUUAAAGUUAAAUUUUCAGUUGUGAAGACAGUCUGGCUAUUGACCAGAGUUCUGUAAUUCAGCCAGCAAACAAUACCUGAUUUUUGCAUUUUUAGAUUGGUGGCUUUAAUGGCUGUAUAUUAACAAAUACUGUUUUGUAGGUUGCAUUCCUAAAAUUCUGAGUUUUGCAGCCUAGUUAUAAGUAACUUGCUGUUGCAAGCCAUAUAAUCUGGCAACCUUUUAUUAAUUACAAUGUAAAAACUAUUGUAAAGCAUAUAAACUAAUCCAGUAACUAAAGCAAACAUGUGUAUUCCUUACUUAUGUCUUCCUAAAUCUGUUUGCAGCCAAACUUGUUCCUGUCGGCUAUGGUAUUAAAAAGCUGCAGGUCACAUGUGUGGUGGAAGAUGAUAAAGUGGGCACAGAUCUUCUGGAGGAGAAAAUCACAGCAUUUGAAGACUAUGUACAAUCAAUGGAUGUUGCAGCUUUCAACAAAAUAUAAAGCCAGUUCACUGCACUUAACCCUUAGCACUUCAAUAAUAAAACACUUGCCUGCAUUUUUGUCAUGGUUAUUCUUUGAGAAUUCAUCACUGCUAGAAUUGUCAUUUGCUAGUGUACAGAAAUAGAACCAUGAAAGACUGGAACACUUUGGUUUUCUCCAAAAGCUGUUACAUAUUUGAAUUGCCU